AAGGAAGAAGCAGUGGCAGAAGAAAUCCCAAGAAAAAUUAUCAUAAAUCAUCGACCGAAUUCUUGGCUGAUCGCAUGUGCAGCGCCAGGAAAUUCUGGCAUUUCGAGUGGAACCUAGUACAGGAUUAUCAUUCAUACAACGUCGCUCAUUGUUAUCAUUUUCGGUUGGAUUAGUGAAACAGUUGGUGCGCUGAAAAUGAUACUUUAGUGUGUGGAGUUAUUUUUUGCCCACAGUUAUGUGUGGCGAAGGUGCUGUGGAAGAAGUUAUGUUCUCGGUGCUGAUCGACGUGACCAGAAAGGAAAACCUCAGCAUAUUUAUGUGACUGAGAGGGGCCAAGUGGAGUAGUGUAGUACAGGGCCGAGGGGAAAAACUUCAAGUUACUUCUUUUGGUGCAUUUUUCGACUGGGAUUUACUCGACAUCGUCUCGUAACCGGGAGAGAACCGGAGAGAGCGAGUUUUGUGCGGUCCGCCAAGAGUGCAUUUUAUUGUUGGGAUAUUCGGUGCAUGCUAGGGAGCAAAGUGCAGCAUCGUAGUACCACACAUAAGUCAUCAGUUGGAUCGGUAGCGAGAAGUUCACAAUAGCAGUGCUGGUAUAAGUGUUAAGUUUGGUGCCAUUCGGUGGGGAAAGAGUUCAGUGUAUGAGCAAAACAAGAAAUUGUGUCAGCGUAACAGAAUAAAACGAAACGAGAAGAAAUCAUUUAAAUAGUCAAUCAAAGUGAAAUAAUCUGUACAGUGGAACCAGCUUGAAAAAUAGCGUAAGCCUAAGCCGUUAUUUCGAGAUCUGCCAUCUGCCGAGCAAAAAGUACGAGUUUGUGGCUUUUAUGAAGAUUGUCAAAUCUGGUUUUCUGAGUCUAAGGACGUUAUAUUAACGUCCUACUCAUGUAUAGUUGGCCGCAGAAAUGGCCAAACCGAACAACUUGUCAUGUAUAGGUUUUGUAAUUAAUUUAUUUAUUUUUAUUAAUUUAAUUUUAAGUAGUAAUGCACAGCGAAGGCCGUUCACUAGUAAUAGGUUAGCAAGUAGGCCCGUCCAUCGUGUUCAUCCGUGCGAGCAGAGCAGUUGUUAUCCAGCGACGGGUAACCUGCUGAUAGGCCGUGAGAACCGGCUGUACGCUUCGUCAACCUGCGGUACGGUGCGGCCCGAGCGCUACUGCAUCGUCUCCCAUCUGGAGGAGAAGAAAUGCUUCCUCUGCGAUACCCGGCCCGAGACGGCCCACAUCCCGAUGAAGAACCAUCGGGUUGGACAGAUCAUCUACAAGAAUCAGCCCGGCACUUUAGAACAAUCCUGGUGGCAGUCGGAAAAUGGUAAGGAGAACGUCACAAUACAGCUGGACUUGGAAGCGGAGUUCCACUUUACCCACUUGAUCAUUGUGUUCGCCACUUUCCGGCCGGCGGCCAUGUUGAUCGAGCGAUCGUAUGACUUCGGCAAGACGUGGCACGUGUACCGGUAUUUCGCACAUAACUGCCGUGAGGCGUUCCCCCAUGCACCGACGAUCGGAAAGAACAUCACCGACGUAAUCUGCGAUCAUCGAUACUCGGGUGUGGAACCGUCCAAGAAUGGUGAAGUCAUCUAUCGUGUGCUGCCACCAAUGAACAUUGAAAAUCCGUAUGCGGAGCAUGUGCAGAAUAUGCUGAAGAUGACGAACCUGAGAAUCAAUUUUACCCGAUUGCACACGCUAGGAGACACGCUGCUCGACGAUCGUCAGGAGAUUCAGGAAAAGUAUUACUACGGUAUCUCAAAUAUGAUUGUGAGAGGUUCGUGUUCGUGCUAUGGUCAUGCAUCUCGGUGCUUGCCGUUGGAGGGCGUCCGAAAUACAAUCGAUAUGGUGCAUGGAAGGUGUGAGUGUACGCACAAUACGAAGGGUUUGAAUUGUGAGGAGUGCGAAGAUUUCUUCAACGAUCUGCCAUGGAAACCAGCGUUGGGCAAACAGACGAAUGCAUGUAAAAAAUGUCACUGUAACAAUCAUGCUACAAGCUGUCACUUCGAUCAGGCUGUGUACGAACACUCGGGACGGGUUAGCGGAGGUGUGUGCGAUAACUGCCAGCACAAUACACAAGGUUAUCACUGCGAGGAGUGUGCUCCGUUCUUUUACAGGGAUCCAAACGAGGACAUCCAGAGUCCGUAUGUGUGUAAACCGUGUGACUGUGACCCCCGCGGAUCGUUAGACGAUGGUAUCUGUGAUGCGAUCGGUGACGAGGAAAGUGAUGUUGAGGCUGGUGCUUGUCAUUGUAAGCGCCACGUUAGUGGUCGCCGGUGCGAUCAGUGCAAGGAGGGUUUCUGGAACUUCAACGAAAGCAAUCCGGAUGGUUGUCAGUCGUGCACUUGUAACAUUCUGGGCACGGUGAACAAUGCUGGUUGCAAUGUGUACACUGGAGAAUGUAUAUGUAAAAGAUUGGUAACCGGACGCGAUUGCAAUCAGUGUAUUCCGGAGACUUAUGGCUUAUCUGAGACCCAUGAGGGAUGCACUGCAUGUAAUUGUCAUCCGGGAGGUUCGUUGGAUAACAAUUGCGACGUAAUCACCGGUCAGUGCCGUUGUAGGCCUCACAUGCAGGGUCGGGAUUGUGCUGAACCUAAGCAGCAUUAUUUCAUUCCUACCCUGCACAAAGUGCUGGAAGCAGAAAUGCCUGGAACGAUUUGUGACCACUACUCAUCGGCUGGUAACUGCUCGGUGGUAAUUCGUGAGCACCCGCAUGAUCGUCAACCAAGCUGGACCGGGCCAGGAUUCAUUCGUGCCUACGAAGGAACGGAACUUAAGUUUACCGUCGAUGACAUUCCGAAAACGAUGAACUAUGACGUCUUGGUGCGUUACUCGCCACAGAUGAAAGGGGACUGGGAGGAUGUGCGAAUGACCGUUAUUCGACCGGAGGAGUACGACCCGGAAGGACCUUGCGCUAACUCACCGCCAAACUAUGACACCGACAUCCACGCGACGCUACACGAGUACGACACGACUGCCGUUGCGUUGCACGACGUUUGUCUAGAGACGGGUAAAACGUACAAAUUCAUCGUGUCGUUCAAGAGACACAAUCCGUAUGAUGAUAAUCCGGCCGCGCAGAUAUUAAUAGAUUCGAUCGUAUUGGUUCCGAGAAUUGAGGUUACCCCAAUCUUCCAUGGUUCCCAACAAGCCGAGGUUCGAUACAAAGAAUACAGAGAUUUGGGAUGCAAUCAAACCUACUACGAUGUGAACUAUGAUAUCGAUGCAAGACCCGAGUGCAAGGAUUUACUGAACACGGUUAGUGUGUUCGUGUUCAAUGGAGCUACACCAUGCGAAUGCAAUCCAACAGGUUCCACGACCAAAAAAUGCGAAGAGUUUGGAGGAUAUUGUGCCUGCAAGUCCAAUGUGGUUGGCCGACAGUGUGACAAAUGUGCCCCCGGAACGUACGGGUUCGGUCCGGAAGGCUGCAAGGCCUGCGAUUGUAACAGCAUCGGAUCGAAGGACAACGAUUGCGAUUUGGUAACCGGUCAGUGCAGUUGUCAUCCGAAUACCUACGGGCGGGAGUGUGACCAGUGUCAGCCGGGUUUCUGGAAUUUCCCGAACUGUCAGAUGUGUGAGUGCAAUGGACACACUCCGGUAUGUAACUCCAAAACGGGUGAGUGCUCGCAGUGUCAGGACUUUACGCGCGGUUGGAGAUGUGACCGGUGCAUUGAGGGAUACUACGGGAAUCCACUGUUGGGAUCAGAAAUCGGAUGCCGACCGUGUCGUUGUCCGGAUACAAUCGCUUCAGGACAUUCGUACGCCAACGAAUGUCUGUUGGAUCCAAAGACGAACGACGUGAUUUGUCUGUGCGAUCAGGGCUACGCCGGUGCCAAGUGCGACGUGUGCGCGGACAAUUACUUUGGUAAUCCGGAUCGACCGGGAGGAGUUUGUCAGCAGUGCGACUGUAGCAACAAUGUCGACCUGAAUCAGCCGGGCAACUGUGAUGCCAAAACAGGCAAGUGCAUGCAGUGUCUGUACGAAACGGAGGGUGAUCACUGUGAGUUCUGUCGGGACGGUUACUACGGAAAUGCGCUGCAGCAAGAUUGUAGGCCGUGUGAUUGCAACGUGUUGGGAACGAAUCAAACGGUACAACACUGCGAUCGGUCUACCGGACAGUGUCCUUGCUUGGCCAAUGUGCGGGGACAGUACUGUGAGGAGUGCAUUGAAAACCACUGGAAGAUUGCCAGCGGAGAGGGAUGUGAGCCGUGCGGUUGCGAUCCGAUUGGUUCCGUUAAUGAGCAGUGCAAUCCGUACGAUGGUCAAUGUACAUGCAGACAGGGUUUUGGAGGUCGCCAAUGUAAUCAGUGCGAGUCAAACUUCUGGGGUAACCCGAAUGUGCAGUGUAAUCCUUGUGCAUGUAAUCCAUACGGCUCAGCAACCAAUCAGUGCAACCGUGAAACUGGUCAGUGCAUUUGUAAUGCCGGAAUCGGUGGAUACAAGUGUGAUCAGUGCGCACGAGGUUACCUGGGUGAAGCGCCCUAUUGCCAACCGUGUGGUGAAUGCUUUGACAACUGGGAAAUCAUAUUGGAUGGGCUACGGGAGGAAACGAACCGCACGAUUCAGGAGGCUAAAAAUGUGAAGACACUAGGAGCUACCGGAGCGUACAAGAAGGAAUUCGAUUCCAUGGGUAAGAAGAUUGACGUCAUAAACGGUUUGCUGACGAACACGAUCUCCGAUCGAGAGAUUGAGGCGAUUGACGCACGGAUUGCGGACAUUAGAAAACACCUGCGUGUGUCAUUGAAGGCAUUGGAAGAAUCGGAGAAGCGACUGCAGGAUACCGGCGCCAGUAUCAACUAUGCAAACAUCGAGAUUGAUGAUUUGAGUAAGAAGGCAGAAGAGGUCAAGCAGUUGGCGAACUAUCUGAGGGAGAACGCAACCAAACUACAGGAGGGUAACAUCGAGGGGGCUCUGAAUUUAACUCGAGAUGCCUGGAACCGAGUUACUCUGUUGGGUGAGACCAAUAUGGAGAUUCAGGAACUCAACGACAAUGCCGAAAGGCAGUGCAAGCGAACGGAGGUUCUGUUGAAAAAACAGCAGGAACAUUUCAAUAACUUACACGACACUAACGAAGCAUCUUUCCUGAAGUACCAGGCAGAACUGGAUGCUCUGAACGCGAACAUACCGGACUUGAACGAACGAAUUUGCGAUAGGCGUGGUGAUCCAUGUGACGAGUUCUGCGGUGGUGCUGGGUGUGACGGCAAGUGCGGUGGAUUGACCUGCGACAAGGGUGCGCUGACCCGAUCGGAGAGAGCACUGUACUAUGCCAAGAAAACGGAGCAAACUAGUAAGGAGAAGGAAGAAUUGGCCGACGAUAUUUUACGAUCAAUGUCACAAGCCAAAACCAAUGCAUCCGAAGCUUUCAAGAAAGCUAAGCGAGCUCACGACAAGGCACAGUCACAGUACAAUCAAACCCACCAGCUAAUCGAGCAGGCCACGGAGGUGGUAACCGCGUUGACCGAUAUCAUCGACAACAAUACGGCAUCGCCGGACAAGAUCAGGGAACUGUCGGAGAAAAUCAACGGCUACACACUUCAGCUGGAUCCGGAACAGAUACAGAAACUGGCCGAACAGAUCGACGAUGCUGUUUCUCAUUUGGAGAAUGUAGAAUCGAUUAUUCGGAACACAGAGCACGAUUUGCACCGCGUAGAACAACUGAAGGAUGGCACUCUGGCUACCAAGGAUCGUGCCGAAAGAGUCCUCGAGGAGGCUAUUGGAGUCACCAAGGCACUGGAUGAUGCGGACGAAGCACAGAAGAAAGCACGUCAGUCGAUUAAGCGGGCCAACGAAGAUAUACAGUCGGCAAAGAUUGAUUUAGAAGAGAUUGACAAGGAAACCGAUGAUGCGUACAACAGAGCUAACGUGACAGCCAACAAGGUGGAUGAACUGAAGACUCGUCUGAACAAGCUGCACGUCAGCAAUGUGCAGAAUGAACAGGAUGCUGAAGAAAUUAUAAAACAGGCGGAAACGGUUAAGGAAUCGGCAAACACGGCGCAUGAUUUGGCAACACAGCUCAAGGACAACUACAAAACUGCUAACGCUAGUCUCACAGCUCGAUCGAAUGCAUCGGAGAGUGCCCGUGAACGAGCUCAGAAUCUUCUGAACCGUGCUUCCAAAAUCACUGUUGAAACCACCAAUCAGCUUAAGAAGCUCCAGGAGCUUUACAAAACAUACGAAUCGAACCAGAAGGAUCUCGAUUCGCUGGAGGUACAAAUUCACGGCCUGACCGAUCAGAUCAACAACUAUUUGAACAAAAUCCAAAGUGAUGCCGAUCGUUACCGACAGUGUACGACGUAAAUGAACCGUAGCAGAGUGGUAGCAUAAAACGAAAACAAAACUAACAAAAUAAAGAAUAACACUUCUAACUUCUUUUGUGUUCAAACGACGGUUUUUUUUUAUUCGAGAAGGAUUGGUGAUUUUCAUUGAAACUGCCUGUAGCUUAGCGUUCCAUUGAUAGAGUUUGUAAUUCAAAACCAACAAAAAAAAUUAAUUUCUAUUUAGGUUUAAAGAAUGAUCGCAACUAAUAUAACGACAAAAGUCAUAUCGGCUAAGUUUUGCAAUUGUUGUUUAGACUAAAUUUCGUACAAUUGUUCACUGUGCCAGUGUUCUAUAUCACACUGACUAACAACAUUCACUAAACGAGAAAGUGCCAAAAAAGUAAAUCGAUAGACUAAAUCUGCUUCCAAGUGCUUUUGUUUUUAAACAUAAUGUCAACUAAUAAUUUACAAUAGAGUACUAACGUAUUAUGUAGCGGAAAUCUCACUCGCUAGUUUGAGCAUUUGUAAUCCAACCCGUUUCAUAACCUAAUAUUGUCUGUAUAAAAAAAAAUAAUUAAACCAAUUAAUGUCAAGCAAAAAUGCCAUUCAGUCUUACCAGUGGGUAAUGUUUAGUGUUUAAGAGUGUAAGAAUAAAAUGUUAGUCCUAAUGAACUUUAUCCCAGAUCAAUCUAAACAAUAGACAAGUUGUUUCGCGGAAAGUCGGUUAAUUAUUGAAAAGAAAAAUAAACCAAUUAUUAUACACGAACAAGAAAACUUUUAAUAUUAAGUUGAACUAGCAAUACUACACCGCGAACGCGAAUAGUCAUAACGAUUUCACUGCUAUAAUUGUAAUUCCGGUCGUCUAUAUAAACGUUUUAGUAUAACCACCAC